AUGCUAGAAUGGCGACCCCUCACAGGUAAACUCAGCGUUGGUCGGCCCCCAACGAGGUGGACAGGCGACAUCAAAUGGGAGACGUUGGAAACAACCGGCCAAGAACUGUUUAUUGUGGAACUGCUUAAAAAAGACCUGCCAUCCUUACAAAAGACCUGUCUAAGCGGUCUCUACAUGGUACUUUCAUCAGUAACAGAUUAUAAGUUAUCAAUGAGCAUUCUUAUUUUGAUAAUAACUGCGCCACUGAUUGCUCUGUGCUUGAUAAGAAGUUUGAAAUAUUUAGCGCCGUUUUCAUUAGUUGCCGAUUUAAUUAUUGUUACAUGCGUCCUAACCACGAUGUACUACAGCAUAUCAGUAGCAGCUGACCUGAACAAGCGACCUGUAUGGAAGAGUACGCAUGGUUUACUCCGUUUCCUUGGCAUAUGCAUAUAUAGCAUCAACGGAAUAGGCGUGACUCUACCUAUUGAGAACAAUAUGCGGAGACCGGUGUAUUUCAGGGCUGUUUUGCAAUGGGGUAUGCCAUUUGUAGUAACAUUGGUCAUGAUAAUUGGAUUCUUCGGUUACUGGGCUUGGGGAGAACAGUGCCGCUCCCCGUUCACAGUUCACAUGCCUUCGAAUACGUAA